AUGCCUGCUGUACCAUCUACUGUCACAAGCAAUCCACCAAAGAAGCAACGUGCAAAGCAAAAGCUGUUUCAAUGCACAGGCUAUGACAAUUGUAAUAUGGUCUUUACUCGUUCUGAACAUUUGGCCAGACACACUCGUAAACACACUGGCGAGAAACCUUACUUAUGCGUAGUACCUGGUUGUACUAGAAGAUUUAGCAGAUUUGAUAAUAUGAUGCAACACACUCAAACCCAUAAGUCGCGUAGUAAAUCGCCCGCUGCUACUUCCUCUUCUGCAAAUACCAACACAAACACCAGUAUGGAUGCUACCAAUGACACUCCCAAUGAAUCUACCGAUGAAGCUAUCACUACUACUUCUCCUACCCCUACUACUACCACUACACAUAAUAACGAUAACGAGACUGGCGCUCCUCCUACCACGGAACCAUUAAUGACUAAUUUUACUUCUUCAAACUCGAGAGAGCUGAGACCUUCAACUAUUAAGUAUGAACCUGAGACUACACCUGAAUUUAUCAUGUCAUCUAAUACAACCGCUGCGGAUUCUUCUGAUGAAGAAGGACCCCUUAUUAGUAGAAGAAAAAGAAGAAGAUUCUCAACAACUACAACUACACCAACAACAAUAUUGCAUCCCAUGUCACCACCAACAAACACAACAACACCACCAGCACCACUACUAAAAGAAUUACAUUUGACACAGGACGAAUUUGAAGCUUUACAAGGAUUUGGCAGAUUUAAGCAUACUCCUAUAUUUAUUGAUUCAUUCCGAGAUUUGGCUUCUGCUGUGUAUAUUGAUCCCAAUCCUGUUCGUAACUAG